AUGCCUGCCUGCCUGCCAGUGAGAUUGAUACUGAGUAGAAUAGAGACAUCCCAUGUCAAUGAGCGCAGAAUAAGCGCUACAAUAGCAACGACUCGGCAUCUCUAUCCAUUUCAAAAUCAAGGCGCCAAUUCGUAUGAAAGAAGCGUCAAUGCAACAUCUUCUAUCAACAGAAAUAUAAUACAAUACAAAGACUCGAUUUCCACCACUUUUUGUGAAUUCCCAAAUUCUCCACAUUUAUUUGUCCUCUCAAUUUGUAUUGCUAUGUCGUUCACGAUUCUUGAGAAGACUCGAGUUCUUCACGAAGAUAUCGAGAGAUACGAAAGAGCCAUCGAAGGAGAGUUAGAACUAAAUCCGAAAACUCAAAAGGCGAAGGCGCAGCAAUUACACGAUAUCGACAAAUACCUGGAGAUCAUUCAAGAAGACGCUGGUGAAGCUUUAAAGCUCUAUUCAAACAAGGAAGCUCGACAGCAGGAGUUCGACUCGAUGUCGAAAGGCGACAUAUUCCAGUCCUUUUACAAGACGCUAGACGAGAUCCAGCAAUACCACAAGCGUUUUCCGGGCAUGUUAGAGAAACCUGUGACAGUCAAACCGGUCGAUCUGGAGGAAAUUUUCACGGGCGAAGAGUACUACGGCAAAUACCUGGAUCUGCACCAGCUGCACGAGCAAUACUUGAAUCUCCCGCAUGUGUUCCGAAUCGACUACAUUUCGUACCUGACCUCCUUCUACACGUUCAAAGACAUCCCCAUGGAGACCAAGCUCUCCCCCGCCUACCUGGAAUACCUCACCGCGCUGCUGGACUAUUUGACGGACUUCUACCACCGCGCUCAGCCCCUCGCCGACGUCUCCGCGCUGCUCGAAGAGAGCCGUGCGGCGUUCGCGAAGAAAUGGGCGGCCGGAGAGAUCGAAGGGUGGAACCUGCGCCGCACCAUCGAAGCGGAAGUCGAGGAAGCGAAGCGGAAGCGCGACGAGGCGGCUGCGGCGCGGCGCAAGGCGCAGUCGGAUCACAUCAACGACAUCGAUGACGACGACGACGAGCCGGAGGCGGAGGAGGAGCUGCCGGAUUUCUCGUCGGUGGAGAGCAUCGAGCGAUUGGGCGGCGAGAAGCUGAAGGAAAUGCUGAAGGGGAUGGGAGCGAAGUGCGGAGGAACGGUGCGGCAGCGCGCGGAGCGGCUGUACACGAUCAUGCACAGCGACAGCACGGCGAUCCCGGUGAGUCUGCUGAAGGGAAAGCGGAACGGGAAGGGGAAGGGGAAGGGGAAGACGGGGAGUCUGGAGGAGCUGAGUCCGAUCGCAGAGCGCGAGUUUGUGAUCGGAGAGCUGUGCGUGGAGCUGCGCGAUGUGGUGGACAACACGCAGGCGUUCAACGAGAAGAAGAUCAUCCAGAGCUACGCGGAGCGCGUGAAGGACGAGGAGGGCAAGGAGGUGAGCGAGGAGGAGCAGAAGGAGGAGGAGGAAGACGAGGACGAGGACGAAAAGCCGAUUUACAAUCCGCUGAAUUUGCCGCUGGGAUGGGACGGCAAGCCGAUUCCCUAUUGGCUGUACAAGCAGUACGGACUCGACAAGGAGUACAAGUGCGAGAUCUGCGGAAAUCAGUCGUAUUGGGGACGGAGAGCGUUCGAUAUGCACUUCCAGGAGUGGAGACAUCAUAAUGGAAUGCGAUGUUUGGGUAUUCCGAAUACGAAGCAUUUCCAUGAUAUUACGAAGAUUGAGGAUGCGAAGAAUCUGUAUGCAAAGAUUAAGGACCAGCUGAAGGCGGAAGACUGGUCUCUGGAAGAGGAGGAGUUUGAAGAUGCUGAUGGAAAUGUUUUGUCAAAGAAGAUGUAUAAUGAUCUUGUAAGACAAGGACUCAUAUAA